UUGUUCAUGACCUUCCCCACCCUGCUUAGUGCAGCUUGACGAAGACCCAAGCGAAGACAUGCAGGCAACAACAGAGCUGUGAAUGCGCUCUCAUGGCUCCAAAGUACGCUCCCAGUCUUCGAGCCCGGUUUCCACCUGUGGCUCUUCUUCUGCAAACCAUAUUUAUUGUCAUUUUUGCCUUUUUUGUGGAAAUAGAGGACUAUGGCAAGAAAAAAGAAGAAGAGUUCUUUGCUUCAUAUGCAAAAUUCCAGGAUAUCCAUGUGAUGGUCUUUCUGGGUUUUGGCUUCUUGGCUACAUUCCUGGUGCGCUAUGCUUUUAGCAGCGUAGCGUUCAGCUUGCUUGUUGCCGCCCUGGCCGUGCAGUGGGCCACCAUCCUAAAGGGCUUCCUGACAUUUGACAGACACGACUGGACCAUCCGCAUCCACUUCAAUAGUUUGGUAGAAGCCGAGCUGUGUGCAGCAUCAACUCUCGUGGCUAUGGGAGCCAUCCAUGGAAAAACCAACUCGGUCCAACUUCUGAUCUUUGCUCUGAUAGAGGUCACAGGGUUUGUACUAAACCAGUGGCUCAUAAACUCCAUGUUCCAGCUUCAAACACAGAGAGAGGCACAAGGCAUUGUGCUCAUCAACAUCUUCGGCGCACUUUUCGGAGUCAUGACAUCACGCUUGCUCUUUCGUAGCGAGAUGCAGCCCAAGCACGAGAAAGAGAAGGUCAGCAGAAGGACAGGCCUCUUUGCCAUGUUUGGGACUUUGUUCCUGUGGAUGUUCUGGCCCAGUUUUAACUCAGCGAUGAAGAAGAAUAUCAGUGUGAUUUGCACCACGUAUCUGUCUCUGGCUGUCAGCGCCGUCACAGCAAUGGUCGUCUCUGUGAUGUCCAGCUCUAAAGGCAAGAUCAACUUGGUGCACGUUCAGAGCUCCAUGCUGGCCGGCGGCAUCGCCAUCGGAGCUGUAGUGAAUUCACCUCUACCUCCUUUUUGGGUUGUCAUGUUGAUCGGCAUGUGUGCCACACUGUUGUCGACGCUGGGAUUUCGAUAUUUGAAGGACCAUAUGCUAUUUGCUUUUGAUUGCCACGAUACUGGUGGUGUCCUGAGUGUUCACGCAGUGCCGGGAAUUCUGGGAUGGGCUGCUGAACUCACAUGGCGACUGAUCAAAAUCGACAACAGCACAAUUGCUAUCCGGUAUGCAGUGCAUCAAAUCUGUAUUUUGCUCAUGACUGUCAGUGUGAGUCUGGUCAUGGGUCUUAUCACAGGACUGAUUUUAAAAUGGAGAUUCUGGAAACCUCAACAGGACAGGAAGUGCUAUGAUGACCAGGCCUUCUGGGAGUUCCCACAUCUACUGGUGCACAAGUGAGACCAACAUUGAAAACGCUCAGGAAGCAACAACAUGAGGACUUAUGUAUGGAUUUUCUGUGUAUUUGUGAAUGAUUUUGAUUUGUGUGCACGCUUUGUUUUGGGUGGGGGUGUUUUGAAAGAAAUAAACAUUCACAAUUGCUCAGUAGGAUGAAAAUACACACAGAAAUGCGGCAGGUAACCGGAGACGACCGAAACUGACCUGUGAUGGAGGUCAUAGUUAUUAUCACAUUAGAUUCAAGUUUUUUGUUUUUUUUUGUUACUUAUAUUUACAGGACUGUGCAAAAGUCUCGAGUCAUCCAUCAUUUAUUCAUAUUUUGUGUCCAAAGAGUCAGAUCUGUCUGGUAUUUUUAAUUUCGAGGAAUAGUUCUCCAGGCUUCAUGAAGGAAUUCUUUGGCGCUCAUUUUCAGUCCAGUCUCCGUACCUGAGCAGUAUCAGAGAAAGGUCUUUUUUUAUGUUUUGUUUUUUAAGCCACAGUGACCUAUAAAUCAGUCAAGCAUAAAAACACUACCUUAGGGUAUGAAACAGUGAGAAACAGAUGCAGAUGAUGAGUAUACUGCUGAUGCUGAAUGCUAAGUGGUUGGAACAGACGAGAGGGGAAAUGAGGCUGCUGCUGAGGUUGUUACAUAAACAACCAUUCUUAAAUGCUAUCUUUAGGCACUUUGCAGCCUGUCACAGCAAAAUAUUUAACAUUUCUUUAAUUUAAUCGUCAUAAUUAAAUAUGAAGAAAUGUGGAGUGGCUCAAGACUUUUGCACAGCACUGUGUAUAUUGUAUAAUUAUAUAUAAAAUGCAUUUUUAAAUGUGGCUUAUAUUUUCCAGUGUUAUGAAACUUCUAUGUCAUUAAUAAAAUAUGUAGUUCUUGCCGAU